AUGGCCACUCUCCGAGCGCUCCUAUGUUUUGUCAUUGUGUGGCACAAUGAUGAGCGAUGUCUUCAACAACAGAGUCUUUUCUACCCGAAAUGCUUGUAUAUGCCGGCGGAAACCCCACGAACUUGUUCACAAUUGGUUAUCGAGUGUUCGAUGUCUGUUCGCUGCAACCAAUUGCGCACGUCAAUCGCGAGUGUUUGUCCGGUUACAAAAGGCAUUUGCGCAACGGAUAAUUUAGAUCAUUGCAGACAAACCCUUCUCUAUUCCCGUGGUUCACUUCUCGAAGCUCACAUGCUUUUGUGCAAUCCUGAUAUUGAAUGUUUGAAGCAUCAAAACGCAAUGAUACCUAACAAUCCCUGUAUAGAAAAAGCGAUGAUGGAUUAUUCGAAAUUGAUGGGAUACAUGUCACCAUCAAAUAAAAUGUACACAGAAACAAAUCGAGUGAUUGUGCAAGAAAAAGAGGAAAGAAAUCUACAGGUUGAAUUUGAAAUGGCGAGGAGACGAAAUGAAACAAAUCGACAAGUAAAAUUGAAACCGACAAAGGCACCACCGAGAACCACAGCAAAAGUGAUGAGUAAAGAAGAGGAAGAAGAAGAAGAAAAAGAAGAAGAAGAAGAAGAAGAAGAAGAAGAAAUGGCCGUACAAAAACCACCAACACAACAUCCACACAGAAAAGCCCCUAAAACCACACCCGCUUUGGAGCUGUUUGAGGAGAUUUAUGUGACAAAAGCCGAUACUCAACUUGAUCCAACGAAUAUCGAUUGGAUAAAAAAUAAGCAUAAUCUCUGGAAACCAAUCGUGCAAGAAAAAGAAGAAGAGAAACGAGAAAAUGAAAUGAAUGAUCGGGAAAAGGAAAGAGAAAAACAACGAUUGAGAACACAACAAAGAUUGGAACAGAUGAGAGCGAAUGAAAAUAAGAGCUCUGGGAAAUGCCUCCAUGGGUCUCAUCAACUGCAACAACUCAACCGGAAACCCACCGAAUACAUGACAAUAGCUCCGCCCGUUAAUGAAGAUAAAUGCUCGAUAAAGGACGCGAAUGGAAAAGAGCUUUAUGUGCACGUUGGAUCGAUUAUAAGAAGAAAUCUCGAUUGGGCUGGUCGGUGUUCAUCGUGGUGUGAAUGCGUGAAUGUCGAGGAAAUGAUUUGUGAGCGAUUACCGUGUCACGCGGAUAUCCCAUGCGAGGCACCAUUGACAAAUAUGGAUUUCGGUGAACGGCUUUAUCUACAAGGACGAGGGGCAUGCAUGUGUGAGAGUGGAGUUUUUGUAUGCGAUACUCCGGAACAAUUGCCGGAACUUCAAUCGGGUCUUUAUAUUCUUGCAGGAUAUUCAUUGGCCGAUCUUGAGAUGCUUCGGAAGGAAAUACCGCAAGAGGUAUUGAGUCGAGCUGGUCUUCUUUCAACAGACGUCGGUAAAGAUAUCGCAUCACAAUUACAAUGGGCAUUGGAAAGAAGAUUGCCUGAGGAAAUGAAGUGUCGAAUCGUUAUGUUAGAAAAGUAUUCGUAUGAUGGAAAUGCUUUUUAUCAAAUCGAAUAUUUUGGGAAUAAUAUUUUCCAAAAUGAUACAAGAAAUAUUUGGAGAUCUGAUGGAAUGGAGAAGAUGUGCUCUCCAUACGUGCGUCAAUUGGUCGAGGGAUUUGCACUGAAUGAAAGCCCGCGUUUCCAAUUGAUUCUUUCAUCCGUCAGACAGUUGAGAUUGAGUUCUCCAUGCGCUUCAUUCAUCUAUGAUCCAAUGAAACAGAAAUGUUCACUUCAUGAAGUAAACGGGCAACCAUUUGUUGAGGGCGCCUCAAUUCUUGCUCGAGCAACCCAUGGCACCUCGACAUCAUUCUUUCAACACAUUUGUGUUCAGAAAGAAGCUCUUUGUUCAACUCCAUAUGCUUUCGAGCGCUAUCCGCAACAAGUUCUAUUCGGUCAUGCAAUGGAGGUUCAACAAACGGGCGGUCUCUCAGAAUGUCUCUCGAUUUGUCUCACAUCCGAUAGUCUUCUCAAUGUGCCUUGUCGAUCGGUGAUGUACUACUACGAGACGGGUGAAUGCAUUAUGAAUCGAGAGACUCGCGGAGAUCAUCCAGAUCUUUUCGUCUCCGCUCCACACGAUGCAAUUGUCGAUUAUUUUGAGAACAAUUGUCACAAUGCUGAAUGCCAAGACGGAUCAACUGUGCAUUGGAUUCGAUCCGAGGAAUUUCAAAUCUCUCCUCAAAAAGAUGUGAUCGUCGAGGCGGAGAGUCAAGAGGAAUGUCGACAAAUCUGCAAUCAAAACCAAGUCGCUGGCGAGAAAUUCCCGUGUCGGGGUUUCGUCUAUUCAUCCACGCAAAAAGAGUGUCAUUUGUCGGCGGAAAGUGGCUUCAAUCGAAGAGUGAAACAAGGGGAUUUGAGUCCGAUCAAUGGUGGAGAAUAUUAUGAGAAAAAUUGUUUACAAUCCGAUUUGCUAUGCGGAGAAGCGGCUUUCGAACAAGUGGCGAAUAAACGCUUGAACGGAUCAUCAUUCGUUGAAAGAUCACCAUCGGUUCGACGAUGUCUUGAACAUUGUUUGAAGCAAGGCGACAAAUGUGCAUCGAUUUCUUACGAUUACGAUAAGGAAGAGUGCUGGUCGAGUCCCGACUCUCGUCUCACUCAACCCGAUCAAUAUGACACUGUGGAGAAUGUCGAUUAUUUUGAUAAAGUUUGCGAUAAUGUCCCCAAUCCAAAAGGGAAAUCGAAACGGGGAUAUCACGGAAUAGCGACAGAUGUGCGGAAUGACGAAGAUCCACCAGUCACACCGACUCCACUCCCAGAUUUGGAUGAUGAUGGAAAGAUCAAAUACCCACAUCAUUCCCAAUUCUUUCACUUAAUC